GAGGAGCCUGGUGUUGUCUUCAUUUUCAAGAUUGCUGCUUCAUGUGCCAGGAUCUGGCGUAGAGCAGAGAAAUUAUUAUGCCUGUGUUCCCUGGGGACUCAUUGGAAGUUGUACAGUGACAUCUUCUGGGAUUUAGUCUGGUGUAUGUGGCCUGCCGGGUGCCUACAAUGGAAGUAGAUGUGAAUGGCGAGUCCCGAAGUCCUCUGGCCACCUUGACUCUGCCUGUGGCCGAGUCCAGCCCCCCAGGGAAAGCAGAGGCUGAGAAGCCCCGCUGCUCCAGCACGCCCUGCUCCCCCAUGCGCCGGACUGUGUCUGGCUACCAGAUCCUCCACAUGGACUCCAACUAUUUGGUCGGCUUCACCACAGGCGAGGAACUCCUCAAGUUAGCCCAGAAGUGCACUGCAGGUGAGGAGGGCAAGGGGGAAGCCGUGCCCGCCUUGCGCACCAAGCAGCUGGAUGCAGCCUUCGCCCGCUCCCGCCUGUACAAAACCAGGAGUCGGUACUACCAGCCCUAUGAGAUUCCUGCUGUCAACGGGCGGAGACGCAGGCGGAUGCCCAGCUCAGGAGACAAGUGCACUAAGUCUUUACCUUACGAACCUUACAAGGCCCUGCAUGGGCCCCUGCCUCUGUGUCUUCUGAAAGGGAAGAGGGCUCACUCCAAAUCCCUGGACUACCUCAACCUAGACAAAAUGAACAUCAAGGAGCCUGCAGACACAGAAGUGCUCCAGUACCAGCUGCAACACCUCACCCUCCGGGGGGACCGGGUAUUUGCCAGGAAUAACACAUGAAGGCUUUGCUCUGAGUGUAAACCAGCUGAGGCCAGCCUGCCCAGGCUCAAAACACCCACUGUCGUACUAUGUACAGGACUCUUGAUGCUAGAGAGGGUCACAUCAGCUCCGGGUUCCUGAAACAUGCCAGUUGUGGGUCUCAGAUUUCUGAAAUACAGGAAUGAAAUCACAGGUACUUGGGGGGG